AUGGAGCUAAGAGGUUUUGGUCACCUAACCAAGCAAUUGCUGAAGCUAGCGGAUGGCCGUGUUGUGCUGGCACUGGAGGGAGGACAUGACCUUACUGCCAUCUGUGAUGCAUCUGAAGCCUGUAUAAACGCCCUUUUAGGAAAUGAGCUGGAGCCUCUCCCGGAAGAUAUUGUGCACCAAAUCCCCAAUAUGAAUGCAAUAGCUUCUUUAAAAAAGACCACUGAAAUUCAAAGCAAGUACUGGAAGUCGGUGGAGCCAUACUCUGUGCCAGUGGAUUGUGCUCUGGCCGAGUCUCAGAAACGAGAGAGGGAGGAGACAGAAACGGUAUCUGCUAUGGCCUCUCUGUCAGUGGAUGUCGAGCAGUGUAUCCCUCAGGAAGGCAGCAGAGCUGCUGGCGAGCCCAUGGAAGAAGAGCCAGCCUUGUGAAGUGCCAAGUCCUCCCUGAUAUUUCCUGUGGGUGACAUCAUUGUGUAUCCCCCCAAAGCACCCUCAGACAUGUCUUGUCUGCUGCUUGGGUGGCACAGAUCAGAUGGAACAUAAACACUGGGCACAAAACUCUGAAUAGCAGCUUCACUUGUUCUUUGGAUGGACUUGAAAGGGCCCUAAAGAUUCCUUAAAUGUAACCGCUACAAUUCUAGAGUUACAGUAAAACAAUCUUGGGAGAAAGAGCCUAAAGCAUGCUUUUUAUAUGCUGUUUGACCCGCUCACCAACAUAAAUUGUGAAAUAGAGUAUUGCAAAAUUCUACAUGAUAGAUUAUAGAUACGAGAAUUGCAACAGCCAGCAAAAUACUCGGUAAACUCCAUGAAUCACUUUCUGACACUUUUUACUGGGUAAUUUUUUUCAUACUGUGUUAAAUUGUUAAUAGAAUUUGUUUUCUUUGCUCUGUGUAAUGAAAAAGAAAAAAAAAUCUGUAUUUUACGUGCCAUUUUUUAACCUCGUGUAAUGAGUUCUUUGCUGAGUAAGUGAAAGGUAUGUAAAUUACGAUGAGGGAUUUUAGCUAAAGGGAAAGCACUUCUUAUUGUACUAUAAAUCCCCCGAAAGACUGUGCUUGGUGGUGCUUUAUUUACUUUUCCCUUUUCCUGGUCAUCCCUCCCCAUUUUAUGUAAUCUUUUCUAUCAUAAAAGCACAUUCACGAUUCUCUAAAACGAGCAACCUUCUGCCUUUAAAAAAAAAAGUGCUGUACCCUCCGUAGUUGACAGUAGCUCCCACCAGAUGUGCAGCAGAGAUCAAGUAGUCUCUGAAAAACGGAUGGCUUUUUCAAAUGUGUUUUUAGUUUGUUCUGAAAUGUUUCUGCGUCCUGACUGUAAGAGCAGCGAUCUUCAGUAACUGCGUGCAGCUCAUUUGAAGCUCAGGUGUUUCUGCGGAGGUUGUGCUGGGGGUGUUUUUUACAGGUCGUCGUGUGAAUACGAACUGAUUCUUUUAUGUAGUCCUGCACCGAGAGAACUGAUGUUGCUUAAGAAGCUUCAAAGGGUUCAGGCUUUAUUUUAGAUCCCCAGAGUGCAGCGAGAUCUCCCUGCAAUGUGACUUUAGCUGUUUAAUUCCAUGUUUGAGAACGUAACAUAGAGUUGUGCCUUUAGCUGAUAACGAACGCUUAAACUGUUACACGUGUUGCCUUACUGUCAGAGAAAGAGAUAGGGCAUGUGUGUAAGACUACUUCAAAUGAACAAAACUCUGCUACAGCAACUUUUAUUUUGCUUACAACUUUCUCACCUAAUGAACCCUGGGAGAUACCUUGAAGUAUUUGACUUGCAGUAUUUGAUAGCCCGCUCAGCUUUUAAAAGCAAGUGAUGUUCAUUUUUAGAUAUUUUUCCAAACUCA